CUGAAGCCACCUUUCGUCUUCUACAACUCCCCCAACCUCGACUCUCAUCGCAAUAGAUCUAACGUCGCCAUCAUGGUAAUUUGUGGAGUUGUAAUCCGUCUCACGGCCAAGCAGCAGAGCCGGAUGCGAGACAAAGCGGCGCCUUCGCAGCGAUCAUCACGACGCCGGGAGCUAUCACGACCGCCAAAACCCGCUUCACGGAUCCCGUUCCUUAGAAAACGACGGGAGCAGCGUCUUCAGACUGGCUUGCUCUUCUCACGACUCCCUGCGGAGCUCCGAAGCAUGAUAUUCUCCUACUUCUUCGGCAAUCCGGACGAUGUGGUCCAUAUUCUUUGGAUGGAUAAGAGUCUCACCCACGCACGAUUCCAAACAGCAAAGUCUCAAGAGGAUGGCGAUAUUCGCCGUUUAUGUUUCAGAGACUCGCUCCCCCCACCAGCCGGACUCUAUUCUUCUUCAUACGGCGACUGGGCCGCCCUCCUAAGUUAGAUAUCGCGCUUCUACAGACAUGCCGACAGGCCUAUACAGAGGCCAUUAAUCUGCUCUAUUGAUCCUAUUCUCCAUCACUACCGGAGAGCCGCAGUAGCUAUCCUCGUCUUUUCGUAGCUCCAGAAUGGCGGCGGUCAACACGCCACUCUUUUAAAAACAUGAUUGAGCCGUAUUUUCCUAACCUUCGGAGUUUGGGUGUUGUUCUUAUGUGAUGAGGUGGCCAGAUGAUCCUAUUGCAACUAACGCAUCCUUAAAAAGUGGUACCUUUCUCAGCUAGAUAGCAUUUCGUACCAGGGGAAAUGCCUCUUCACCCACACCGCUCCACAGAGUCGGAGGCAUUGAGUGUGCAAAAAAAUCCGUCUAGAAGUCAGAUCUACGCACAGAACAUCAGAUCAAGAAAUUUAAUA